AUUAGCGUUUGCCUUUGUCGCUUUGUAGUCGUAUUUCAGUUGUAGUUAAGGCAUUGCCUAGAAAAACGUAUAAGCUUGCGUUUAAUAUCUUAUCGCCUAAACUUUAAAAUUGAAUUUAUCAACGUAAGCGAUGUUUACGUUUUGCGUGCUAAUUUCGUCGCUACUUAUCACGCUGCAGCUUGGAACAGCUCUAGAAUUUCUAGAUUGUGGAUCGAAGACGGGCAAAUUCACUCAAGUCACUAUCGAAGGCUGUGAUACUACAAAGCCGGAAUGUCUGUUACGGCGAAAUACCAAUGUUUCAAUUUCGAUAGACUUUGCAUUGGCCGAAACGGCUUCAGCCGUUAAAACUGUGGUACAUGGCAAGGUUUUAGGCAUUGAAAUGCCCUUUCCACUCUCUAAUCCCGAUGCCUGUCUUAACAGCGGUCUAAGAUGUCCUUUAGAAAAUAACGAAGCCUACAGAUAUAUGGCUACGCUUCCCGUACUGAAGAGCUACCCAAAAGUCUCAGUGCUUGUUAAAUGGGAGCUGAAGGACCAGAACAGUGUGGAUAUCGUAUGCGUUGAAAUUCCCGCUAAGAUACUAUAAAACGUGAAUACUUGAAAACUGUUCAACUUGCAUUGCUGUAUUCUUAUUGUAAUCUAAUUUAAAAUAAAGAA